CUGUCCCUAGCGUCCUCUCAGUCUCACCGCUGCUCAGUCAGUGGCCUGAGCUCUCCUUUUUGUAUGGAGUUUUGAGGCGUUCGGAAGUCUUGUGUGCGCGGAUUGCGUGUUCGUGUGCUUGUGGCCCCAUCGCACGGCUAGUGUAGUGCAGCCAGGAAGGCAGGUGUGAAACGAUGGACGCUGGACAGGGUAGCUCUGGCGAAGCAGCUCCUGGUGCUGACGGAACAGCCGUGCCCGAGAUAAACAUCGAGCCGGGAUCACCUCCGCGGGACGAUGAUCCUGCUUACGACUCGAUCAGGGAGGCCGAAGCCGUCUCACAGUAUGAAAAUCUUCAACUGGCCUCCGUCGGCAGAGCAGCAGCCAAUCGCUCGUCCACCAAAAAUUCUACUCGGCGGAAGUCCACUAUUCGACAAUCCCGCUCUGGGUCUGCGGGCCGCUCCAGGGGUAGAUCAAAAACGAGCAGCGACCGAAAGGGCAAGGGCUCGUCGUUCGCACCCCAAGAAGGUGUCAAGCGCUAUUUCAGGGAGAACGCACCUGUGCAGGAGAUCCUGGAAGCUCUGCUGAUACCCGAUGACGGCGAAGACAUUGACGGCAUACUGCGAUGUCUGCUGGCGCUGGAGCACUGCCUGGAGACCGACCCCAAGAAUGCUCAAAUUGUUGGUGAUAACCCGGACGGUCUGUCCAUUAUCAUCACCAUGGUUGGUCGAUAUGACACCAUGGACAAUAUCGUCGCCACGAGUCUCUGGUCCCUGUCCAAUGUUGCAGUCUCGGAAUCUCUGGCUCAGAUAGUAAGCAGUGCCGGUGGUGAUACCUGUGCUCUGGAAGUGCUGGCACGCACUCGCCCACCAGAGGUGGUCCUUCACGCUAGCAUUGCACUGCUCUGCAACUUGGCUCUGCAUGAGUCUCUUCGCGAGGGCUUGGUGCAUAAACUGGCACUGACUCGCACACACCGAGCACUGGAUACUUACCAGCAACACGAAUGGAUCCAGUACACAGCCAUACAGACACUGCAGAACUUUGCGAACACUGCUAGUCUCUGCGAGAAGAUGAUGGAGGAGAACACGAUACAGCGGGUGGUGACGGCCAUGAAGUAUUUCUCGGAUCAUGAAGACCUGCUGCAGUCAUCCAACUGGAUUCUCUCCUGCUUGCUGUUCUCUGUAAAUGAUGAUCAGCGUCAAGCCAUACAGCGAGAACACAACAUUGCGUCUGUGAUCAUGCUAUCAAUGAAGGACUCACCCGACCAUAUUGGUGUGCACUUCACGGGCCUGUCCGCUCUAAGCAACCUUGGACGCAAUGAGUCGCUGGUCGAUGACUUAGCCCUGGCCGGGAUAGUGGAGGUGUGUGCCGGCGUGUUGGAAAGACACACGUCGCACGAAGGUGUUCAGAUGGUUGCUGGCAGGUGUCUGGUAGUGUGCGCAUCCAGUGCACAUGCCAAGCGAGACUACAACAGAUACAAGGUGCGAGCUCUUUGCGAAGCUGUCCGCGAGCGUCUGCCGGAUUCCAAUGCGUCAGCUGAGGCAGCAGAAGCCAUGCGGCUUUACAAAGGUGGAAGCUGCUGUGCGAUUUUAUGAGGAUGAGCAACAGCAGCAAUAGACCAAACUGUUUUGUCCCAGUUUUAGGAAUGAUACUCAGAGUUUAGUUUGAUGUGCAGGUGUUUGUGCCCGCUACUUUGCCCAGCACAUGUUUCAUCUAGUCACAGAUACCAGAGGAUGCGUGUGCUCUUGCACGUGCGUGUGUGUGGUGUGUGUGUGUGUGUUUGUGUGUGUGUGAGAGAGAGAGAGAGAGAGAAUGAGUGUAUACGCGUCCUUGAGAGUAGCUCUGAUUUCCGCCACACUCGGUUGUUGGUCAAGCACACUGUCACAAUGACAUCACCACAGUUGGCAUGUGUACGCAGUGUGCCGCCGAAUUUCUCAAAGCCCGUUAUUAUGCAACACGCAAGCAAACUAUGAACUUGUUAUGUCCUCUUGCGAAUCAGAACAUCAGCGCUGUUGCUGAGCCAAUGGGGUAUGUAGUUGCAAAACAUUUGAUCAACACUAUAUUUAGCCCAAACGCAUAGGCAGUGCCUAGGAAAUACUGAUAUCAUUAUCUAUGUCACUAUGAACUGGCGUAUUAUCAUUCAGUGUAUCCAUGCCGUGUUGUCCCGGGUACUAUCGGUACGAAUUUCCUAUAUCAUUAUCCGCCUCAUACUACAGUGCUGGCAACUGAAAUCCGACCCCCUUGCCGGCGCGGCGCGCCGGCAAGGGGGUCGGAUUUCAGUUGCCAGCACUGUAGUUUCAGUUUUCCCCUUAAAAUUUGUAUAUAAACUGUCACAGCAAAUUAUUCUCUUCUCUGGGUCUUUUGUCAUAGUUGAUAAUGCUUUUCAGACGAAUGGUGGCCAGUUGCUCUCGGUGCUGAGCUGUGCUAAGUCUUUGUACACUUCA